GCUGAGGAUGUGUCACCCGCUGAGGUAAACAACGACAGUUUGAACUGCAGCGUUCAGAUUUGUCCGUAGCCACUUCACAUUUUAUCUAACGAACUUUUACAAACACAGUCGCGCAAGCUUUUGUCGACAGUACUCUGUCACCGGAGGCAACACACUCCGUCGCUUUUUUUGGGGGGGCAAAUCUUGCUCGUCGGCGAGCGAAAAGGCUGCAAGUUGGCCGCAUAGCGCAUCGGCUACCUCGGCUAAGCAGCGGCCAGCGGUCCAGUCCAGGAUGUCCUGCUGCCUGCUGGACUUCUGUCGCGUCCAGGAGCUCAGACAAGUCAGGGAGAGUUUGUUUGCCAGUCAGAGAAGCGCUGUGACGGGCGACAGCACAGACCCCGCAGAGAAUGAGUUAUCCUGGGAUAAUUCAGACUGGGGCUCAUGGGAAACCUCGGACACCAGAGAGGACAGAACCACGGCGGAAGAGGACGUGCAGCUACAGAGUGUCCCAUGGCUGCAGGACUGUGUGCUGUCCCUGUCUCCCUGCUCAGACCUCUUGGUCAUCGCCCGAGAACACAAAGCCGUCUUUUUGUCUGCUAAAUGGCAGACAGAUGACUCUGGAAGGGAGGAGAUGACGCUGGCUGUUUCCUGGAGUGGAACACUGAGCACUGAGGAAGGAGAGUGUGUGAACAGUGUCGUGUGUAUCCCGCUGGCCAGCCAGAAGAGGAGUUCCACAGGUCGUCCAGACUGGACCUGUAUUGUGGUUGGGUUCAGCUCAGGAUAUGUUCGCUUCUACACAGAGAACGGUGUUCUUCUAUUGGCUCAGCUGUUAAAUGAAGACCCUGUGCUCAGGCUGAAGUGUCGUACAUAUGAGAUCCCGCGCCAUCCUGGUGUCACUGAGCAGCACGAAGAGCUAAGUAUCCUGUACCCGUCAGCCCUGGUCACCAUCGAUGGAUUCAGCCUCUUUCAGUCUCUGCGCGCUUGCAGAAAUCAGGUCGCUCGAGCUGCAGCAGCAGGAAGUGAUGUCGUGCAGCCUCCUCCGCUGGCCUAUAAGAAGUGGGGCCUGCAGGAUGUGGACAGCAUCAUAGACCACAGCAGUGUGGGCGUCAUACCGCUGAGUGUAUUUGAUCAGAUGAAGAACGCCUCUGUCCUGGGGGGGUUCCACGCCUCUGUGAAGGGCAGCCCCCCUGCUAUGAGUCAGUACAUCACAGUGGGUGGAGGCCCUUUCACUGGCUUCUACUACGCUGUCGAGGGCAGUUCACAGCCUCUUCUGUCUCAUGUGGCGCUAGCUGUAGCCAGCAAACUAACUUCAGCCCUGUUCAAUGCUGCCAGUGGAUGGCUGGGGUGGAAGAAGAAUGAGGAAGAACCAGGUCAGAAACACAAGCCUAAGGUGGAGCCGGCUACGCCCCUUCCUGUUAGGUUUGGGCUCCCUGAUUCCCGUCGUCAUGGUGAGUCCAUCUGUCUGUCACCAUGCUACAGCAUGGCGGGUGUGACGGAUGACUUCGGCAGAGUGACGCUGCUGGAUGUGGCGCGUGGGAUUGCCAUCCGCAUGUGGAAGGGUUACCGUGACGCCCAGCUGGGCUGGGUGCAGGUGUUUGAGGCUAACACAGAUAGAGACAUGGCCUCCUCCCCCUCCAUGCCACGACGACACGCACACUUCCUGGUCAUUUAUGCCCCGCGCAGGGGCAUCUUGGAGGUCUGGGGCACUCAGCAUGGCCCCAGGGUGGGGGCAUUCACCGUGGGCAAACACUGCAGGCUGCUGUAUCCAGGUUACAGGUUAAUGGGGGUGAACAGUGUAACCAGUCACGCAUGGCACUCACACACACAGCAGGUGUGUCUGUUCGACCCAACAACUGGAGUGAUACGAUCCAUAACUGUACCAUUUCACCUGGCCCUCAGUGAUAAGAAGAGUGAGCGGGCCAGAGACUUGCACCUGCUGAAGAGGCUGAGUUCUGUCCUGAGGAGCAGAGAGCUCGACCCAACUUUUCUAGAGAGUGAGGCCCAGAGCGUUCUGCUGGAAAUCAAACACCCUGCCAUUAAAAAACAGGCCUUGGAGUCUCUUUUGACCAAUAAGAAUGCUCCAGUUUCAUGCCUGACCAACAUUAUAAGAAUGUUAUUGGCCAGCCUGAAAGAACAAGAUCCAGAGGCAGUAGAUGAGUUAUUGCUACAGUUGUGUUCAUCUCAGCUCAAACUACUACAACUCUACACUGAUGUUCAGUUACUGCACUCUCCUGAUAACUCCCCUACAGACUCUGAUUCUCUUUCUGUUCCUGGCAUUGAAGACGACCUGACUCAAGUCAGACCAAUCCUGCAGCGUUAUGCAGAGGUGAACUCCCGCCCUUCCGUCUCAUUCGCUGAGGACUCGGGUGGGCCGCUGCCAGUCAGAGCCUUUCUGUCCCAGCUGGUGUGUGAGGACGGAGAGCUGCGUGUUGUCAGAGGCCCCGACACAGACUGGACACAGCUAGGUAGCUUUCUGUUUUGGGGUUGCCUCUCUGGUCAGAGUCCACUGGAGCGGGUGUGUGAGACGCUACAGCAGAGUGGCAUAAGCCCACAACAACUACUGUCUUUGCUGCUGACUGUGUGGCUGAACAGAGAGAAGGAGAUUCUCAAGAACGCUGCUGCCACCAGGAACCUACACACCCUCCUCAACACACUUACGUCUAUGAAAGGUGCUGUGGAUGAAUCCUGGGACGUGCAGUGUGUCUCCCCCUGGUGGCAGCAGGUACGUGUUGCGUGUGUUCAGUCAGAGAGUGCUGGCGCCGCCCUGCUGGCUGCCCUCGUGGCCCAUCUUGUUGCCAAGAGCUCCAUCACAAGCCUGGCUGAGAGCAAGUUCCAGGCAGACUGGGAGUGUGUGUCGCUGGAGUUGGAGCAGUGGGUGGUGUGUGUGAGACAGCUGGAGGACGUGUUGGCACUGCAGACCCUGCUGAGUCUGCCGUCCCCGCAGGGAUCACCAGGGGGCGCCACUCAGCGCUGCUCAGUCAAAGCCCUGCUGGAGAGUGGCAGAGGAGGGUUGGCAGACAGAGUUGCAAAACUUAUCUUCAGGCAAGAUGUUGCCCCCAGAACACUGCAGGCUAUGGUUGAGUGGAAGGGUGACGGGCAGAGCUCAGACCAGCCAGUGGAAGAGCCGUUGCAGCAGAGGAAGGGAGGGUGGGGCGAUUUACAAAGACUACAGGAAGCACUGAUGUGUGUGUGCGAGCGUUUCCCCAGUUCUCUCUCGGCAGACAUGAUGUGGGCGCACUGUUGUUGGGAGUACGUGGUACAGUGGAACAAGGACCCUGAGAUGUGUCGGAAUCUGGAGUGGUCUGUCCAGUAUCUGAAGAUGAUCUCUAGUCCUCAUAUUCAGUUAGGAAUCUCCUCUAUGAUGUGGAACACCUUUAUAGUGAAACGCUUCUCUGCCACUGCCUUCUUAAUGGAAAAGGUAGGGAAAGCUCCCAAAGACAGACUCUGCAGAAGGGACGUGGGCAUGGGUGAUGCAGCUAUGACCAGUUUCCUGGGCUCCUGUGUGCUGCUCCUCCAGGCGCUGAUGGAGGUCUCUUCUUCUAUUCCCUCUUUUGCUUUUUUCUCCAAAUCUGACUCGGGCGUGGAGGAGGUGUGUGUGCCACAGGUGUGUGUGGAGGAGGUGUGGGGGGCGGUGGAGGGUCCAGCCUCUCUCGUGGAGCUGGCUCUCCAGCACAGGGCAGUGCACUAUCCCCUGAUCCAGCACCACUGCCUGCUGGCCUCACUCCUGCACGCUGCCAUGACCUUCUCCCUGCGUGUCAAACCACUCAGCCUGUUCGACAGCAAGGGGAAGAACGCAUUCUUCAGGGACCUGAGCACUAUCCAACUACUGCCCAGUGGAGACAUGGACCCUGGCCUGGUGGCACUGAGACAGGAGUUUUUGAUGUCUGUGUUGACUGGCUGGGUGAAGUCUCUGGAUGACGUGGAGGGGCGUGGCCCCCUAGAUGAAUGCCAUGAGGGGGCGUGGCCUGUGAUGUGUUUGGAGGUGGCCUCUGUCCUGCAGGUCAAUGCUGAUGUACUGCGGAGACACUUGGUCUGUGAGCUCUACAACCAGGGCCUGGACCUGCGUGCAGAGGAGGCUGUGUUGGAGGUGGAGGAUAAGGAGGUGCUGGGCUCUCAGCUCUUGGUUCUGAUUGGUCAGAGACUGGCCUUCUCUCUGCUGCAUUCCCAAACCCAGACCAAAGUCACAAUGGAGCUCCUUGCCAGACUGCCCCCAACCCUCUGCACCUGGCUCAAAGCUAUGGACCCCAGUGACCUGCGGUGUCCCUGUGUGUCGCUCCAGAAGACCAGCAAACUGGUGAGCCGCGUGAUCGAGAUCCUCCCAGAGAACCACGCCCAGUACAGCCUGGCUCUCCACCUGCUGGAGACAGUGGACUCACUGCAGGACGAGUGAGGGGCAGGGUGUGACAGAGUGGGGUAUGUGUAGGAAAGAGUGAGAUGUGGGGAGAAUGAGUGAAAGAUGGCGACUGAGAGUGGCCACUUUCUAAGCACAGGUGUUGCGGGACAGGCUCAUGUUCUCAUGUUCACGUCUCCUUUUUGGCUUUUCCAUUCAGCAUUAAUCAUUAAUAUAAAAAUCUGAACCAUCCAUGGCCGCAGAUAGGCCAAAUGGGGAAAAUGUGUAAGAAACAUUUCAGUAGUGCAGUUUCACACACGUGGACGCAGUCGAAACGAUUUAGUAUCAAAAAGCAGGAGCACAUGUCUGGUGAGGGGAUGGGUGAGAGACAGACGCCAUUGUUGUAUUUCUAUAAUUAUGGACAGCAUACGGAGGGACAUCUGAAAGGGCAAAGCUAAAAUCGCUCUGCUGUCUCUACGUGCAGUACUUUAGCAUAUACAGUAGGCGUUAUGAGCAUAGCAUGACCAAAACCACACGGACUUGGGCUCAUUUAAGAUGAGACUUACACAGCGACAUGUAUGAAGUCUGUGAUUAAUUUGUUUCGUUUCACAGGUGGAGAGGCUUCGCUUUCUGUUCUGGUGUAUCACUGCCCUUGCCAUCUGGAAAUGAUUUUGUAUCAUAUAUAUAUAUAUAUAUUUUCCCUCUUGCUUGUAUUUCUUUUCAAGGUUAUGGUUUAUCCUUGUCUGUAAUGCCAGCGCGUUUGGACUGUCUGCCAUGGGAAAGCUCCUCUUCCUGUUGAGAGGGAUUCUGUCUCUGUGAUAACAUUUGACACUGUGCUAAUAUGAGUGUCGGCACAGGUCCCCUCACCUGUCUGUCCUGUCCAGCGUUCUUCUUUUUCAUUGUCUUUUGCUCUGUCAGAGGACUAGCGUCUGUUAUCAUAAACGAGAAAUGCAAUGAAA